CAGCCUGUAAGCAUGAGAGAAGUGGGAAGGGGGGUUGGUGGGAGGUUCGCUCAAUAGACUGCAAUCGAUCGCUAGCUUACAAUCUGAGGCAAGUCAAGGGAGUCGCUUCCAAUGGUAUUAAAAACCAAGUCCUGUAAUUUAUUGACGGUAGAGAGCAAAUCUUCCCCUAAUGAUGCCAUUUUUCAAGAAAGCACUAUUGUCAAUAUGCGGUAGCGAUUAUCCUUGCUAGCAAGGAGAUUUCCGCUGAGAAGCCGGAAGAAUUGGGGCUGGGACGGGCGAGAAGCUAGAGAACGCCAGGAGCAGACUUUGCGGCAAGGUAAGCUGCUACAUGAACCUGCUGAACCAGGGUAAUGGCGGCGCAGAUAAGGCGACAAGAGAAACAGUCAAGAGCAAGUAAAACUGGGGAAAAAGCCUGUGAACAGAAGACAAAACACGGUCCCCGUCAGUUUGGUGUUUAUAUGCAGCCGAUUUUGUUCUUUGCCGACCUCGAAGAGCGGCAGGCGGAUUUUCACGUGACUUCUGCCAAUCAAACCGAGCAAAUUAACGCCAAGAUACUAGCGCCCACGUGAAGGCCGGCGAGUUUGAUUAUUACAUAAGCGAUCUGCGUGAGGUGGUCUGUGCGUAGUGCAAACACCGCAAACUAUGAUGUCAGCGAUUGCGGCGGCGACAAGCAGCCUGCCGGCAACGAGGAGGCGGGCGAGACAGGACUUGGAUAAGGACAGGCUGGGAGGCUGCGAGAUGCAACAUGAGGCCCUCUCUGAGACGUUGGGUGGUUCUCUCGGUUGUUAACUACGCUGCGAAACCUAGGAGUGUUGUCUGCUCGGCCCUGUCAGCACACUCGACCGUCGUGCCUCAACUUCUCUGUCAACAGCGAUCACAUUCUACCAAGGUUUUCGAGUCCAAAAUGGCUGCUUCAACCCGUGAAGCCUUGCGGUCCAACGCCAUCAUCCCGGAUGUCCUGGACGAUUUUGAACCCAAAUAUACCCUCAAAGUCACCUAUCCUUCUACCAAGACCGAAAUAAAUCUCGGCGACCGCAUCUCCACCAAGCAGGCGCACGACCCGCCGGUCUACGAAUUCCAUCCCGUCUCACCCACCGAAGGCACCGAGCCCAACAAAGCGUACAGCCUCGUCCUUACCGACCCAGACGCAAAAAGUCGCCAGGAACCCAUCUGGAGCGAAUUCUGCCACUGGGUGGUCGGCAAUGCCUCUAACCCGAGAACCAGCGGCGGGAAGUCGGGCGGGACUUCCCUAGAGAAGUAUAUGCCUCCGAGCCCACCGCCGGGAACUGGAGAUCAUCGGUACGUGUUUGUAUUGCUCAAAGGUGAUGCUAGUAAUGUUGGAAAGUUGAAGGCACCCAAGGAGCGGAAGCAGUGGGGAUACGGUAAGCAAAGGCACGGGGUGCGGCAAUGGGCCUCCGAACACGGGCUCGAGGUGGUUGGAGCAAACUUCUUCUUUGCCCAGCAUGAGUAGGUUUGUCUCGCUGGCGCAUAUAAUGUUCCCAUUUGGCAGCCUUCUGGAAGGGGGACUAAAAGAAAAAUAAAUAAAUAAAUAAUAAGAAAAAAAAAAUGAGUGUAAGGAUGGAAAAUAGGCAGUGAAUGGUCUUGAAUGUCUCUGAUUGCGAGGAGCUGUGGAUCUCCUCCUGUGGUUAGUUUUAAUACUCCUUUUGAAAUAGCCUCCCCGAUCCACCUACAGUAUGUAGUUACUUAUAUGUGAGAACUCGCCCCUACAUCAAAAAUAUAGGCACAACCCCAAUAAGUCUGGGAAUAAGAUUCCACACGUCAG